ACGGCAAUCGAGUCUUAUCAACGUCACUUAGAAAUAUCCAUAGAAGUGAGAGACAAGACUGGUGAGGCGUGCUCACUCUGUUCCCUUGGAAGGAGUUUUGAGUGCCAAGGAAAUCUUAUGAUGGCCAUCCACUAUUAUCACUCGAGCGUAGAGUUGUAUGAUGAUAUCAGGGCCAGUCUUCGACCCAACGAUCAGUGGACGAUUUCCUAUCGUAAUCAGCACCAAAGUGCAUACAGAGGUUUGUGGCGUAUUAAUCUCAAUCAAGGUAAAGUUGUAGAGGCUCUUCUUGCCGCAGAGAAAGGACGUGCUCAAGCUCUGAGAGAUCUCAUGGUGCAUGACAUCAUCGUUACUCCUAUUGCUGAUCUGAUCGAAGGCAACGAGCUGACAUUCGUUCCUGAGGGGCCAUUUUGUCUUGUACCUUAUGCAGCAUUGGAGAACUCGAACUCAUCAUAUCUGAGUGAUUCUUUCAGAAUUCGUGUGCUUCCCUCUCUGACGACGUUGCAACUAAUUCAUGAUUGUCCAGCUGACUUUCACAUGAAGACUGGUGCAUUGCUUGUCGGCGACCCAUGUUUCAAACAUAUCAUCUAUCAGGAAAAUCUUUUGGUGCAACUUCCAGGAGCAAGGAAAGAGGUGGAGAUGAUCGGACGUAUCCUUAAUGCUUCCCCCCUCACUGGAGAAGUGGCAACAAAACAUGAAGUGUUAAAACGAAUAUCAUCAGUGGCGUUAGUUCAUAUUGCAGCGCAUGGUAAAAUGGAAACUGGAGAAGUUAUCUUGGCACCAAACCCCACAAGAGAAAACCCUCAGCCACAAGAGGAAGACUAUGUUCUGACGAUGAAAGAUGUGAUUGAAGCUGGGUUGCGAGCACGUCUGGUUGUACUUAGCUGCUGUCACACUGCUCGUGGGGAGGUCAUGGCCGAGGGUGUGGUCGGCAUGGCGCGUGCCCUUUUGGCUGCCGGUGCCAGAUCUGCUGUGGUAACCUUGUGGGCGAUUGGCGACGAGGGAACCCUGGAGUUCAUGAGUUUCUUCUACGAUGCACUUUCCAAAGGCAAGAAGGCAAGUGAAGCUCUCAAUCAGGCCAUGAAGUGUAUGAAAGAAAUUGAAAAGUUCAAGGAGGUGAUGCACUGGGCACCAUUUGUACUCAUUGGUGACGACGUCAACCUGGAUUUCAAUAAUAUUUAGAAGCUGAAGCAAGUAAAU